AUGGCACAGAUGAUUCGGGGCUUCCUGGAGGCCAAAGGUAUCCAGGCGCGAUCACGGCAGGAGCUCUCUGCUGGAGAUCCGUUCCUGUCAAGCUUUGACAUCGAGUCGGCAUCCUUCGAGUCCUUCCUGGACAGCGUUCAACGUGACGCCACGUCAAGCCACAAGGCAAAGCUCGUCCACACCCUGGAGAGACUGGCGGUGGUUUCAGAGAUGGUCCAGGAGCGAGUCGAAGGGGCUGAAACCGAACGCCGAGCGGGGGAAGACAAGCUCAGAGAAGGCAUGGACAUGCUCUGCGACAAGCUGACGGAGAACGAAGACAUGCUCCUAAAGCUGGAAAUGUGCCUCGUUGUCGCCGAGAAGGCAAUCCGCGAGCGGACAGGAUCAUUCCAGGAGACCGACGAGCCUGGUGAGAGCGAAGAAGAGGAGGACGAUGAGGGGGAGGAGGAGGAGGAAGAGGCGUCUGGCGCCGACGAUCCCGAGGUCACCUCCACUGCCCUGCCGUCUGUGCAAGGCCUGCAUGAAGAAGAGGAGGAGGAGGAUCUCGACGAGCCAGCAUCCGAUCCGCCUCCGGCGAUACCAGUACCGGGUGCAGGGAUGCAGGUGGCCCCUGGCCAUGUCCCUGGGGCCGCCGGGGCCAUGAUUGGUGAGAGUCUGGAUGACGACAGUGAUGCCGAGGAGCCCGAGUUCUUUUGGCGAGGGCGCGUCGCACCUCUUGCUAGGACAUAG